AUUGUAAUUUGAUGUUUAUUUAUGAUUAAAUAGAUUCGUAUUUCGUUAAGCAAACUUAAUUGUGUUUAAGUUGUGAAUGCAAUUAAUAGUAAAUAAAUAUUAGCACACUUUAAACAAACGUUUAUUAUGUUUUUAGGGAUAACGUGGAUAGUUUAAUUUGUGAAAAUUGUUUAAUAAAAAGUAAUUAUGCAUAGAAGUAUAGGAAAAAGAAUUCGUAUGGAUGAUCCUCCUCCAAUGGAAUACGAUGUUCCUGGAACGCCAAGUAGUUCUAUUCAUCCAAGUCCAAUGACUCCCAGCCGAUCAGAAUAUCAAGAACAUUACAACCCUUAUGCAAAUUACCAAAAUGUCCAAACACCAAGAUCUGAAGUUUUCGGAAUGAAUCAUUAUCAAGAACCUGGUAUGUCAGAUAAUAAUUAUGAUCAGAUGCAAAUAGGACAACAACCACAGUCUUUGAUGACGUACGGAUCUGCUCAUCAUCAAGCUUCACCAUCUGUUCAUGGUGAUAUGCAAGAUAACCAUAUGCCCGUUCAUGAUGAAAUGUCAAAUUUACAUUUAGAUAAUCAAAUGCCAUCCACAAGUAACGAUGUUGAUCAGGUGGGUAAUGUUCGAAUGACUAGAGCUAGAACAAGAGGUGUUACAUAUCCUCCUCAAAGAAAUGUAACUCUUUCUCCAUCGCCACCUCCUGAGAAAAAGUUGGAAAAACGUAGACCCGGAAGACCACCUGGAAGGCCUCCAGGGUCAAAGAAACAACCAGUUCAAGCACCGCCUGUUGAUUUGCAAUUCGAAAAUGAUGGUACAUUGUAUGGUACAAUUAAAAAUGGUCGUAUAUCCUUACAAGUUGUUGUUGAUGAUUGGAUUGAGCAGUACAAAAUUAACAAAGACGAAGCACUGCUUGUAUUGAUGCAAUUUUUCAUUAAUGCUGCUGGUUGUAAAGGUGUAAUUACUUUAUCCAUGUUGGAAAAUAUGGAGCAUGCCGCUAUUAUUAGGAAAAUGACAGAAGAGUUUGAUGAAGAGAGUGGAGAAUAUCCUCUUAUUAUGAGUGGUAUUCAAUGGAAAAAGUUUCGGUCAAAUUUUUGUGAUUUUGUUGCACAAUUAGUGAAGCAGUGUCAAUAUUCCAUUAUAUAUGAUCAAUAUUUAAUGGAUAAUAUGAUUUCCCUUUUGACGGGGUUAUCAGACUCUCAAGUUCGAGCUUUUAGACACACUGCUACACUUGCCGCUAUGAAGUUAAUGACUGCUCUAGUAGAUGUUGCUCUUAUAGUUUCUGUUAAUCUGGAUAACACACAACGGCAAUAUGAAGCAGAACGACAAAAAACCAGAGAUAAAAGAGCUAGUGAUCGUUUGGAGACAUUAAUGGCUAAAAGACAGGAACUUGAAGAGAACAUGGAUGAAAUCAAAAACAUGCUAACAUAUAUGUUUAAAUCAGUAUUUGUUCACAGAUAUAGGGAUACAUUGCCUGAAAUAAGAGCUAUAUGUAUGGCAGAAAUUGGAGUGUGGAUGAAAAAAUUUCACCAAAAUUUCUUAGAUGAUUCGUAUUUGAAAUAUAUAGGAUGGACUCUACAUGACAAAGUGGGGGAAGUGCGUUUAAAGUGUUUGCAGGCUUUGCAACCUUUAUAUGCUUCUGAAGAUUUGAAAAGCAAGUUGGAACUCUUUACCAGCAAAUUUAAGGACAGAAUCGUUGCAAUGACUUUGGAUAAAGAAUACGAUGUUGCAGUUCAAGCUGUCAGAUUAGUCAUAAGUAUUUUAAAGCAUCAUCGCGAUAUUUUAUCUGACAAGGAUUGUGAACAUGUAUAUGAACUCGUUUACUCAUCACAUCGAGCUGUUGCUCAAGCUGCUGGUGAGUUUCUAAACGAACGCUUAUUUAAACCAGAAGAAGACAUGAAGACUGUGAGAACAAAACGAGGAAAGAAACGGUUACCAAAUACACCAUUAAUAAGAGAUUUGGUUCAAUUUUUCAUUGAAUCUGAGUUGCAUGAACAUGGAGCCUAUCUAGUUGAUUCGCUUAUCGAUUCUAAUGAAAUGAUGAAGGAUUGGGAAUGUAUGAGUGAUUUGUUAUUGGAAGAACCCGGUUUAAGUGAAGAACGAAUGGACGAUAGACAAGAAACAAGCUUGAUUGAAUUGAUGGUAUGCUGUAUUAAACAAGCAGCGACUGGAGAAGCACCCGUGGGACGAGGGCCAAAUAGAAAAAUGAUGUCUGUAAAAGAAGUAAAAACGGUGCAAGAUGAUAAACAGCGUCUAACUGAGCAUUUCAUCAAAGUACUACCUCCUCUUAUUGACAAGUAUAGAGCGGAUGCUGACAAACUGAUUAAUUUGUUAUCUAUACCUCAAUAUUUUGAUCUAGAUAUAUAUACUACAUCGAGACAAGAAUCUAACUUGGAUUUAUUGCUUAAAAAAAUUCAUUUAGUAACUGACAAACACCAGAAUGACGAAGUUCUUGAAACUUGCGCUAAAACUCUAGAAAUACUGUGUUCCAAAAACAAUUCUACUCUUGCUACUAGGUGUAGUGUACAAAAAAGCACUCUAAUGGAUACUAUUACAAAUAAACAUAGAGAGGCAAUGGACGAUUGGAAUAACCUCAUCGAAGGAAAUGAAAAGCCCGACGAUGAUGAAAUUUACAAUGUAGUAAAUAGCAUGAAAAAACUCUCAAUUUUCUAUUCUUGCCAUAACUUGGGACCAUGGAAUUUAUGGGACAUAAUAUUUCAAGAUUUGAAAAUGGCUCAUGAAGGAACCAAACCGUUGCCAGAAGAAGCAAUAAAAUAUAGUAUUUCGGCUUGCAUGUUUGCUACUAUGUGGGAGUUGCACAACAUAGAAAAUGUUUUGGAAAAUGGACGCAAUGAAAAUAUUGAAGAACAAGUGUCACAAGUAAAAAACAAACUACACGAAUUCAUGGAUGUUUUACGUGGAAUCUUAGCUCAUUCCAUUAAUCCCCAAUUUAAAGAAGAAGCAUAUAUAUCAAUCUGUGACUUGUUAGUGGUGUUCUGUAAUCAGCUUGGUGUUAAACACAACCCUGUGUUAGGAAGUUUAGUUUAUGAUUCUGACAAAGAACUUCAAGAUUUACUAAACAAUUUUAUUCAAAAAAAUGUAUUUGUUUACGAACAAGAAGGAGCUCAAGAUGAACAUUCAAAAAUUGAAGAACUGCAUAAAAGAAGAAACUUUUUGGCUUCUUAUUGUAAGCUCAUUGUAUAUGGAAUGAUUCCCGUAACGUGUGCUGCUGAUAUUUUCAAACAUUAUGUUAAAUCUUACAACGAGUAUGGAGAUAUAAUAAAGACAACUAUCGGUAAAGCGCGAGAGAUCAACAAAGUGAUUUGUGCUAGAACUAUGGUGGUCAGUUUAAUCACAUCGUUUAGAGAACUACAAAUUAAUAGCGGCACAUUCCGCAUAUCCCGAACGUCUGAUGAAUUUAGCAGCUUAAAAGAGUUGGCCAAAAGAUUCGCUCUUUCUUUUGGCUUGGACGCAUUGAAAAAUCGUGAAGCAAUGGCUGCUUUACACCGCGAAGGUGUAGUAUUUGCAGUAGGCACUGAUGAAGGAAUUGCUCAAGAUGAUCCUUCUGUACCACCCGCACAUGUUGCGUUUUUGGAAAUACUGGCAGAGUUUACAAACAAACUAUUGAAGCAAGACAAACGUAUUGUCCUCAACUUUUUGGAUAAACACAUAACGUCAGCAGUACCUUCUAGCCGCAGUGAAGACUGGCAACCUUGGGUCAUCUACAGAAAUAGCUUGAUGCACGGGGAUGCCGAACCUGGACCAGUAACCUCCCGAAGAGCGUACACACGCAGAAAUAAAAAAGAAUCUUACGAUGAUGACGAUGACGGAUCUGAUCAGGACUUCAGAACUCCAACUGCCCAAAUUGAAACACCUAUCAAGAGAAGACGAUCCAAAAUAAACAAGUCAAUACGAUUUCAAGAUAGAUUGGAAGGACAGUCCGAUAAUAUUUCUGACACUACUUCAGCUGGUGGAUCCCGACCAACACGUCAAUGUAUUAAUCGUUCUAUACCGUACCGCUACAUUCAAGAAGAUGAUGAUGAUGACGAUGAUGAAUAAAUGUAAUCAUUCAAUAAAUUAAAUAAUUCAAUACAUUUAAAAGAGAAUGGAUUUUUUUUAAAUUAUAAGUAAUAACCCAUU